UUCAGCCACCCCGCCGGUCGUCCAAUUGCUCAUUCUCAGCCAUGGCCCGCUCAAUGAGCCUCCUCCCGAUGGUGCUGUUGGCGCUGGGCGCCUGGAUGUUGAGCUCCUUGACCAGUCAGAGCGGCUUCGUCAUGAACAGUGCCACCCCAAGGGGCAGCAAGGUGGCCAUGAGGGGAUUUAAGGACGACUUCUAUGCUUGGAAGGAGACCUUGAGCUCGGAAGAUCAGGCACUCUUGCUGAAGCAGGCUCAGAAUGAGUUCAACAAGAAGUUCCGCGCUUCGGAUGAGUUCAAGAAGAGCGUCUCAGAAGACAAGAUUGAAUCCUUCGGAAAGGUCUUGCAGAAGUUCUUCGACAACGAGCGAGAGGACUACAAAAAGGAUGUCGCCAUGAAGACCCCUGACUAUGAUGCCCUGCAGAAGAAGGCUAAUCAGGUGGCCUAUGACUUCAGCCUCAAGCGCGCGGUCAUUGAAGUGGACCGCGAUGCCGACCGCCGCUGGUCCUUCGCCACGGACAAGAUGAAGUUGGCGGAAGACAAGGACGAGGUCGCCCCCAACUCCGCGCCUUUGGAGGAGAUGUACCUGUUCGCCAAUGAUGGGGAGAACCACACCAGGAACGUGAAGCAGUUGGAGGAAAUGAAGAAGGCUUUGGAGGAUGCCUCGGCUCCCAAAGAAGCAGCCAAGAUUAAGAAGAUGUUGGAUGGCUUCAAAGUCCCAGCCGCCGGUGAGGACUUUGCCGUGAAGCUUCCCCGCAAGCUGAUCGAUGACCUGAUGGCCACCGCCGGCGGCAUUGCGGCUCAGAAGGAAGGCAAGUCGGACGGCGAGUUGGAUGAGAUGUGGUGGAAGCAGGCUGGGGAGCUGGUGGCCAACUACUACAAGCAGCGCGAGGAGGUGGAGAAGGACGUGGAAGGUUUGAAAAAGUUCUUCCGAUCUCAGAAGGACAUGCCAGGCAAGACCAAGGCCGACAUCGUGAAGCAGAUCUGGAAGGAGCUGCCGAAGCACAUGGACACCCCAGUGGCUCCCUUGGAUGAGGAGAUGCUGGUGGACUUGGCCAAGGAGCCGGCUGUCAUUGAAGGUGCUUGGAAAGCGGACGGAAUGCUGGGCAUCUUUGGUUCAAAACCCUGUUACAUCCUGGUGUUCUUGUUACAUCCUGGUGUUCCUGGUGAGUUCAAGCACAGCUGGGGCACCGCAGAGAAGCUUUACAAGUCCGAGGCCAUUGAUUCCUUCGGCAAUCGCUACCUGCUGGGCGUCUUUGAGAACAAGGCUGAUGCCGAGAAGGCCUUCGAUUCCUGGAACAAGGAGUACGAACAGGCCGGAAAGGAUGUCAAGGAGAACUUGAAGAACUGGGCCAAGCAGCAGGAAGCGGAGCUGGCUGAGGACGCGGGGAAACCUGAAGGAUGGCUUGGCCAGCCGACAUUGGCGCCAGCCGCAGGAGCAGGAUUCCGUGGACCGCAUCCGCAAAGCCCUGGAGGAGGCGCGUCGCUGAGGCAGCUCUUGGCGCCGUUCGUUCGGCCCCGCCGGACCUGA